AUGAAGGACACAGGAGAGUCAAAGGACCAACAACUAACAGUCGCCUUGAGGAUUCGACCCCUGAGCGAUGCGGAGCAGGAAGAAGGGGCCACCAUUGUGGCCCACAGAGUGGAUGAGCAGAUGGUGGUUCUGAUGGACCCAAUGGAAGAUCCAGAUGACAUCCUGCGUGCCAACCGCUCCAGGGAGAAGACCUACAUGUUCGACGUGGCGUUCGACUUCUCGGCCAGCCAGGAAGAGGUUUACCGAGCUACAACCAAAGGGCUCAUUGAAGGCCUCAUAUCAGGAUACAAUGCCACCGUGUUUGCCUAUGGACCCACAGGUUGUGGGAAGACGUACACCAUGCUGGGCACUGACAAAGAGCCAGGCAUCUAUGUUCGCACACUGAAUGACUUGUUUCGUGCCAUCGAGGAGACCAGCGACGACAUGCUGUACAGCGUCUCCAUGUCCUAUUUAGAGAUCUACAAUGAGAUGAUUAGGGACCUGCUGAACCCAUCCUCAGGCUUCUUGGACCUGAGAGAAGACUCUAAAGGGGUGAUCCAGGUGGCGGGCAUCACAGAGGUGUCGACCAUCAACGCCCAGGAGAUCAUGGAGUUGCUAAUGAAGGGCAACAAGCAGCGCACACAGGAGCCAACGGCGGCUAAUCGGACGUCGUCCCGCUCCCACGCCGUGCUGCAGGUCGCCGUCAAGCAGCAGAGCCGCUGUCGUGACGUCCUGCAGGAGGUCCGCUUCGCUCGGCUCUUCAUGAUCGACCUCGCCGGAUCAGAACGAGCAGCUCAGACCCAGAAUAGAGGUCAGCGGUUGAAAGAAGGCGCUCACAUCAAUCGUUCCCUCCUGGCUUUGGGCAACUGCAUCAAUGCCCUGAGCGAUAAAAAUGGCAACAAGUACGUCAACUAUAGAGACAGCAAGCUGACCCGCCUCCUGAAGGACUCGCUGGGUGGGAACAGCCGAACAGUGAUGAUAGCGCAUAUUAGCCCCGCCUCCAUGGCUUUUGAGGAGUCUCGUAACACCCUGGCGUACGCCGACCGUGCCAAAAGCAUCCGGACACGGGUGAAGAAGAACCUGAUAAACGUGUCGUACCACAUUGCUCAGUACACAAACAUCAUCUCUGACCUUCGCUGCGAGAUCCAGCGGCUCAAAAAGAAGAUCUCAGAGCAGGCGAGCCUGAAGAUCAGCUCCGAGCGAGCGGACAUCCGAAACAUUCAGGCGGAGGUCCAAGCCCAGUCCAGCCAGCAGAGCAGAGCAGAGAUGGACGAGCUGCGGGAGCAGCUCCUGGAUGCUUUCCGACAGCAGAUGAAGAUCAGGAAGAGCCUGAUCGAGCUGGAGAACAGCAACAUGGAGAUCCAGAUGGACACCUCCAGACAUCUCGUCACCGUUGCAGACUGGGAGCAGGAGCAGAGUAAACGCAGGAGAAAGUGGCGUGCAGAGAGAAGGAAGGAAAGCGUCAACAAGGACGAAAGUGAGAAGGACUCGGAUUCCUCCGAGUCGCCCCCAGACAGCACAGAGACUCGGGAGGUAGCAGUGGCUCGGGAAAACCUGGUCCUCCUGAUGGCCGAACAAAAGAAGAUUCAAAAGCAGAAGGGUUUACUGGAGCAGAAGUUCCUGGAGCUGCGGGAUCGCGGCCGACGCCUCGAGGAGCUGCUUCCUCGCAGGGUGAGCUCAGAGGAGCAGCGCGAAGUCCUCGGCCUCCUCUGCAAGGUCCACGAGCUGGAGAUGGAGAACGCAGAGAUGCAGUCCCACGCUCUGAUCAAAGACAGCGUCAUCCGGCAGAAAAACUUUGUGGUGCAGCGCUUUGAGCAGCACAGACACCUGUGUGACGAGAUCAUUCAGCAGCAGAGGCAGUUCAUAGACGAGCACAGUCUGCUUGUGCCGCUGCACCUCCAGGAGCUAUAUGAGACGUACAUGAGGGAGCUGGAUGAGAGGAAGCUGGAGAGAGCUGUCGCCUUGGACAAGGUGACCACCAGGCAAACCAUCAAGGAGGGAUCUUUACCAAAGAUCUCGUUGCCGACUCAAGGUCGGGAUUACACGCUGGAUGCAGACUCCGACCAGGGCAGCGUACGCAACAUGUUCACCGACACCAGACGAGGUCAAGCCAAAAUGCGCAGACACACCUUACCUCCCAUCCUACCUGAAGCCGAGCCAGACAGAGUUUUCAAGAGCAGCCCUCAUGCCAGGCAGAUCAAGAACUCGGCUGUAAUGACCCCCCCUCCGAUUCACAUCAACGGAAAAGGAAACAGAGAGCUGCAGCAUCUGGCUCCAGAAAGCUUCACCAGCUACAGUCACCUCAGCAACAGCAUCAGCAGCCAUCUGGACUCCUCACCCGAAAGCAGCGAGACGGGGGCUGAUAUGACCCUGGCUCGUAAUGAGCGGCAGCAGAUCCUUAAAGGGGUCCAGAACAUCGUGGUGAAAGCGGCCCGUCGACGUUCCAAAGCCCUGGAAGUGGAUGUCCUGCGUUUACCCGCCGCCCCCUCUCCGCUGGACCCCAAGAAGCAGAAAAGCAACCUUUCUUUGAUAGAGGCGCCCCCUACAGGUCUCCCCCUGCGCCGCGGCCGGCAGCCGAGCCCUGAGCUGCGACACGCCACCUCUGAUGAUAACCUGUCCAGCAGCACAGGGGAGGGGCCGGGCCUCCAUGUGACCUGGACGCGUCCUCGCAACCGCUUCGCUACCAACAAGAACCAAACGCCUCGCGAAGUCGACUUCGAGGCUCGUCGCAAGAAAAGACGCUCAAGGUCUUUUGAGGUCACCGGUCAAGCACUGCCUCCAACCAAAGCCAUCACAGCUCAGAGGUUUCGGCCUCUGGACAGCACGUCGGACCCUCAUCUUCAUAUAAACGGCCAACCCCAGGCCCCCAUGCUGCGCCCCCAGUACAGAGGGGUCCCUCCUAUCGCCAAAGUCAGGCCUCACCACAGCAGCCACACACCAGCAGGGUCGAACGCUGAGUCUUCUACGACCAGCAUGAAUAACCUGAAGAGGGGACCUCACCUGCGGCACCCGCUUCUCUACGUCACCACCACAGGCACCGGAGCCCAGCGUGGCCGCAGAUACUGAGCAAGCAGACCAAGAGGCGGCCAUCUGUCAGGUGUCUGACCCUUCACAGGGUGUUUAUCCCCCCAAAAGACCCCAAAAUCCUGCUGAACCCUUCAAGUUCAAUACCAGACAUCUGCCGUUCUGAGAAGCAACUUGAAGGAGACUUUAGGGCUGGUUAUCCUCCCGCAGCAGUGUGUCAAAGAUAGCUUGUCGCAUCUAUGAUGCAGAUAUUUUUGAUUUAUGCCCAGUUUUGAAGCAUGGUCUGCGCUAUGUUAUUCCACAACACCACGCAAGAGGGACAAUCACCAACUACCUAGGAUUGUGGAUGUCCGUGUGUCAGUUUGAUGAGCUUGUUCGCCGUCUACAACCCCUCAUCCAAUGCCGGACGACGCACGGUUCACCCGUGAGUGUUCCCCAAAGACUGGCCGUGGCGCUGCGUGUUUUGGCUUCAGGUGCAAACCGACAGACCGUCACAGAGCUACAAACUAACGUCCAGCAUGGAGUCUGGGAUAGUGUCCAAGGUGUGCCAGGCAUUGUGGACGGCGCUACACCAGAGUUUCUGCCAUUAGGAACCAAACAGGAAAUACGCACACUGGAAAAAAUCGAAAUCUAGAUAAGUCUUUUUUUCUUAAAGUCGUAGGGAAGCGGCUGUUCCAACCGUUUCUCCCGAAUUCUCCCGAUUGGUGCCCGACUGUACA